GACCACGGCACGCAUCUAAGCCUGUAUCCGUAGUCAUAUUAUUCUCCUCCAUGGAUCUCUGUCAUCCCAUGGGUUUGAGGUUGCACGGAUGUGGCAUGAAAGGGCUAAAGGUGUCAUCAAGGCACCGUGUGAGCCAGGUAACGCUCGUUCUCUUGCAGAAUUUCCCCUUCUGCCUUAUGUCUGUGAACAUCACCCGCCUCGUCAUCCAGGCCCUGAGGGAGGAAUGUCUCUCCAGGGAGUGCAACCGCCGGCAGCAGGUCAUCGCCGUGCUGAACGACCUCUAUGCGGCGACCUUCCUCCAGCUCUACCGCCUCUGGAAAUGGCAGAACAAGACCAUCGCCGACUCCAGCUUCGUCCUCCAGGAGCUGGAGUUCUCCACUAAAAAGAAACCAAAGCAGCUCCUGAAAUACCUGGAGGCUUAUAUGAAACCAAAGGCCUGUGGCCUGUGGCCUUCAACAUCUGUCCCUUCCCUCGACAUCCAUUGCAGCAGCCAGGCCAGUGAAGAAAUUGCGUUCAUGGGCAUCUGCGAUCCAAGGGUUUGA